ACAGAGGGAGAGAAAACGGUAAAGUGUCGGACGAUUAUUAAUUUUGUACUUUAGUUUCCCAACAAAGUAACGGAGGUUUGCUCCCCACCUUACACGAAUCCAGACAAAGUUCCCUUCAUCCAACGGACGCCACUUCAAAAGUUUUUAAUUUUGUAGUUUGUUCUCUACACAAUUGGGCUAAGCUCUUAACACAAAUCAUAAAUGCAUAUCCAACUCAAUAGCUCAGUUCUUUCUGUUGCUCUAUGAACUUCUCAGUUGUCAGAAUCUUUUUGGCAAUGAGAUUUGACUGAUAGGAGUCGAUUGCUGGAAAUCCCUUUUCAGGAGCGUAUGGAGAAACCCAUCAUCGGAAAAUGCUCUCAGCAGCUCUGGUUAGUCAUCUUCGUCCUCUUUGUUCUAUGCUUCGUAUUAUCCUGCUUUGAUUAUUCAACAAUGAUGGGUGCCAAAAAUGAAGUCACUUUUUUGUUCAAUCAACCAAAUCCACUUGUUAUUUUGGAGAAUGAAACCAGUUCUGCCACCAAUCAGUCUAUCAAAGACCCAUUCGUAGGAACACAGAGUAAUCUAGAUCCCUGCCUGGGUAGAUACAUAUAUGUUCAUGAUCUGCCCAGCCGAUUCAACUAUGAUUUUCUCGAGAAUUGUCAGACGGUUACCAGAGGAACCAGCUUCAACAUGUGCCCAUACAUGGUGAAUUCCGGUAUCGGUGCUGAAAUUGAAAAUACCCAAGGGGUUUUAUCGGAAAAGAAUUGGUUUUCCACAAACCAAUUCUUGUUAGAAGUCAUUUUCCACAACAAGAUGAAGAAGUACCAGUGCUUGACCAAUGAUUCCUCGCAAGCCUCCGCAAUUUUUGUGCCAUUUUAUGCCGGUCUAGAUGCCAGUCAAUUCCUUUGGAGUCCUAACAUAUCGGUGAGAGACUCUUCCGCGCAGGACCUUCUCCGGUGGCUGGCGGAAAAACCCGAGUGGAAGAAAAUGUCGGGCAGAGACCAUUUCUUCGUGGCCGGGAGGAUUUCUUGGGAUUUCAGAAGACAAACAGACGAAUCCUCGGACUGGGGUAGCAAGUUAAGGUUUCUGCCAGAAUCCCAGAACAUGACAAUGCUGUCUGUCGAAGCAAGCUCUUGGAAAAACGAUUUUGCUAUCCCCUACCCAACAGACUUCCACCCUUCAAAAGACCGUGAAGUGUUUGAGUGGCAAAAACAGAUGAAAACGCAAAACCGGAGUUAUUUGUUUACUUUUGCCGGUGCACCUCGCCCUGAUCUUACCAAUUCUCUUCGAGGUGUGGCUAUUGAACAAUGUAGAUCUUCAAGGGCUUGCAAAUUUAUAGAUUGCAGCUCUGAUGGGAGCAAGUGUGACAAUCCGGUUAAUCUUAUGCGCGUGUUUCAGAGCUCUGUUUAUUGCCUGCAGCCUCCAGGGGAUUCCUACACCAGGCGAUCAAUUUUUGACUCCAUUUUGGCAGGUUGUAUUCCGGUUUUCUUUCAUCCGGGUACUGCUUAUGCGCAAUAUUUAUGGCAUUUUCCAAGCAAUGGCACUGAGUAUUCUGUGUAUAUACCUGUGAGGGAUAUGAAAGUUUGGAAAGGCAAUGUGGAGAAGAUAUUGCUUGGGAUUUCAAAGGAGAAAGAAAUGGCGAUGAGAGAAGAGGUCAUAGGGCUUAUUCCCCGGAUUAUUUAUGCAGAUCCCAGGUCGAGAUUAGAGACUUUUGAGGAUGCAUUUGAUUUGGCGGUGAAGGGUGUUCUUGAGAGAGUAGAAGGAGUUAGGAGGGUGAUUAGGGAGGGUGGCGAUCCUGGUGUUGGUUUUGCUGAAGCGGAUGAUUAUAAGUACACUUUUACUGAGUGGGAGAGAUUUGAAUAGAAUCCUUGAAUAUGAGGAGAAAAAAAAGAAGAUAAAAUUUCAAAGCAAAAGUAUAAUGUAUAAUUAUAUCAUUCAAUGCUCU